UACACGUCAUGUUGCCUUUGGCAUGUUCUGCUCGACUUGGAUCUAGUUCAAGGUUCGUAAUUUUACCAUCGAAGGUGCUUUCCCAUCAAUUACAAUCAGCUUGUCAUCUUCGACGUACCGUCUUCUUGUCGUCGACCCCAUUACGCGCUGUUUUCUACUUCCACGUCGCAAGGAACCCUGCCCCAUCCAGACCAAAGACCGCCAUGGCGAAACGAGAUGAACCAUCUCAUCCAGAAGAUCAGCAUCCAAGUACCAAACGCGCCAAGGAGGUUGAUGCACAUACUCCGUACGAAGAACUAACGUCCCUCCUGUCAGACCAGCCAGGCUCGAAAGAUGUUCACCGUGUCCUCCAUUGGUUCCGGAGCAAAGACCUCCGUAUCCAAGAUAACCGAGCCCUCCACGCAGCUUCCGAGUUAGCCAAAAAGUCGGACGCACCCCUGAUAUGUGCGUAUCUGAAUUGCCCGGCAGAGUUUCGAUGGCAUGGAACUAGUCCAGCGCGCACCGAUUUCAUCUGUGAGAACUUGGCUCUGAUGCAGAAGGAGUUGCAUGAACUCGAUAUCCCAUUAGCCUUCCUGGAAGCUAACGAGCGAAACGACAUCGUUCCGACAAUUGCCAAGUUCGUCCGCGAAAAUGAUAUCUCGCAUGUGUUUGCAAACUACGAAUAUGAAGUAGACGAGUUGACCAGGGAUGUGAAGUUCGUCAAGGAGAUCGGCUCUGAUGCUCAAUUCUCCCUACAUCAUGACCAGACUAUCAUCCAACCUGGUACCAUGGUCACUGGCAACAAUAAACCGAUGAAAGUGUUCACACCCUAUCAUAAAUCGUGGCUCGCAGAGGUCAAAUCUGACCCCUCGCUGCUGGACACAGUGCCCUCGCCUUCCAAGAACCCAACCUCUGCAAAGAAAGAGCUCAAACCUCAUUUUGAGAGCUCCGGCCCCAAACCACCCAAGGAUAAACAAUUCGCUAGCAAAGAAGAAAAAGACAGAAUUCGUCAACUUUGGCCAGCGGGCCACUCAGCAGCAAUAUCCCGACUUAAUGACUUCUUGUCGGAUAAGAUUGAAGACUACGCAGCUACGCGGUCCAAUCCCGCAAAGGACUCGACUUCACGACUAUCGGCCUAUCUCAGCGCGGGCGUACUAUCCAUUCGAGAGACUCUCAGUGCUGUGAGCAACAAAGCGAAUUCCAAGUCGACAGACUUUUCCCAAGAUGGACCCUCUGCUGGUGUUGCGUCGUGGGUGCGCGAGCUGGUUUUUCGUGAGCUCUACCGUCAGACGACGCUAACGACACCUCACACCGCCAUGAACAUGCCCCAGAACCUCAAGUUUGACUUCGUGCAAUGGGAAGAUGACGAAGAGGGUUACCAGCGCUGGGAAGAAGGUACAUUGGGCGUACCAUUUGUGGACGCCGGUAUGCGUCAGAUUAAGCACGAAGCAUACAUGCACAACCGUCUCCGUAUGAACGUCUCGAGUUAUCUCUACUGCAAUCUCCUAAUCAACUACCGCCGUGGCGAGCGAUAUUUUGCUGAGACCUUGAUCGAUUGGGAUCUUAACAACAAUACCCAAGGCUGGGAGCCUAGCUAUACCGUCUUCAACCCUGUUAGCCAAGCAGAGAGGAAUGACCCUGAAGGUGAUUAUAUCCGCAAAUGGGUUCCCGAACUGAAGGACGUGCAGGGCAAGGCCAUCUUCGACCCUUACAAUAGGUUGACGUCGGAAGAGUUUGACAAGUUGGGCUAUCCAAAACCGUUUGUCGAUUGGAAAGAUACCAAACAGAGAGCGAUAGAGAGAUUCAAGAACGAUAUGCAAGGUGUGGAACCAUGAGCCAUUAUCGUAUCGAUUCCAUGCUCCGCUCGAGCUUCUACACCGACCAUCAGACCUCCAUCAAUCUUGCAAUAAAGUAUCCACUUACGUCUUCCAUAUACAUCAAUAUCCCCAAUACCUUGGAUUUUUCAACCAUAAGUGCUCGAACAUGUCCAGCUUGGGACUUGACGUCUCUGCCCACCCGUCUUACCUCAGGCAUUGACAUUAUUCGUGGGAUAGGCACCCUCUUCUUUGUUCCCUCGUGCUGGGUGCACAACAUGUCCCAGCCAUGUUGCGGGCUCCAAUCCAGUUUAAUUGUUCUGUUCUGCGCGCGAAGGGCUUACCAGACUCUCCUGGCCAUGUUGCGGGCUCCAAGCCAGUUCAAUUGUUCUGUUCUGCGCGCGAAGGACUUACCAGACUCUCCUGGCCAUGUUGCGGGUUCCAAUCCAGUUCAAUUGUUCUGCUCUGCGCGU